UGAGGCUAAGCUUGUGUUUCUAGGGGUAGUAAUUUCCGUCAAAAUUAAUUUGGAUCAUAUGUUAUAAAUCAAAAAGUAAUUGAAAUUGAUUGUUUGAAAUGGUUAGUCUCCAAGACGAUUCAAAACAGUUUGUAGAUAUUGGAGUUCCUGAGGAUGAUGACGAGGCAUUGAUUCGAAAUGAAUUGUCUGCUAAUCAAUUGCACAUUUCUCAUUUUAUUCCAAUGCCUAUUAUCCCAGUUUUAAUUUUAGAGAUAGCAUUUGUUAUUUUAUUAAUAGCCUUUGGAUUUUUAGUUGAAACUAUAUGUAAAGAUAAAUGCCAAAUUAGUCCUUAUUUUAUUCUUCAACUCUCACAUGUUGGUAUGUGGUUUAUAGCUUGGAUUAUAGAUAGAUAUCUGCAUGCAGAACAUUUUAAAUCUAAGAUACGAGGUCAUCUUAUGUAUUAUUAUACAACUCGAUGGAUAAGAAGAUGCACAUUUUAUGUGUUUUGCUUUGGUAAUGCAUACCUCAUCAUUGCAAACAUUAUUCUGUAUUAUUAUUGUGAUGCCAAAGAAUCAACUUGUUUCCAUGUCAAAUUUAAUUCUUUGAAUAUCCUUCAACUCUCACUUGUUAUUGAAUCAUUUUUCAUCAUUCCUGCUCAAAUAUUAUAUGUUUAUCACACUAUAGAAUUCAACAAAGCAAGACCCUUACCCGAUAUCGCUCAAGAAGAUCUCGCAUCUCCCGAACUACCCUCACAAACCGCUACCACUCAUUUAGGCUUUAGUUCUAGGGAUUACGUUAGCGAAAUGAUAGAGAAACAAGCCGACGCUAUUAGGGCCCUUAAGAAUCACAAUUAUAUUCUAGCCCGGAAAAUUUACGAGCUUCAACAAAACGCUAGCAUGUACGACAACGUGGAAGAAUGAAUUUUUAUAUGCAAAUACUUUAUAAAAACAAACUUUCAUUCAAUUUUUUAUAUUCAUAUUCUUUUUUUAGUAGCUAGAAGAGCUUCGUUAGAGCUAAUGAUUUAACAAUUUUGUUUUUUAGGCUCUUUUUUUAAACUAUUUAAUCAUUUAUAUUACCCUGAAUCCUAAUCAAAGGAUUGAGAGUUUUAAAUGUUAAUUUCCGAUAGCGAUUUGGAAAUUAAAUUCUGGACCUCAUCGAUAAAUUUCAACUGACUCGGGAUUAGACGGCAUACCUUUAUAUAAUAAUAUGCCAUUGAUACUAAAUAUGUAAAAAUCAAAGAAUGUCAUGAGAUGUUUUAACAAUAUAUUUUUUCUUCUCGAGAAUUUUGCUAUUUUUAUUUAUCAUAUCAGCAAUAUAAAAUUCUCCUUUUUUCUGAAAAAUUGUCAUCAUGUUAUUCUUUUACAAAUUCAAAAGUAUAGUAUUAUAUUUUAGAUAUUACUGAUUCGAUAUAUUGUAAUUAACAUCUUAAUAAAAACAACAAAUUUUUAUAAAUAUAGUAUUAUAUCGUUCUUUGUUCUUAAAAAAUAUUGUAAAAUAAUAUUA